UUCAGUCUUGCACAGGUGUACUGGCUCCUCCCCUUCAGUCUUGCACAGGUGUACCGGCUCCUCCCCUUUAGUCUUGCACAGUUGUACCGGCUCCUCCCCUUCAGUCUUGCACAGGUGUAUCGGCUCCUCCCCUUCAGUCUUGCACAGGUGUACCGGCUCCUCCCCUUUAGUCUUGCACAGGUGUACCGGCUCCUCCCCUUCAGUCUUGCACAGGUGUACUGGCUCCUCCCCUUCGGUCUUCCACAGGUGUAUUGGCUCCUCCCCUUCAGUCUUGCACAGGUGUACCGGCUCCUCCCCUUCAGUCUUGCACAGGUGUACCAGCUCCUCCCCUCCAGGCAUGCACAGGUGUACCGGCUCCUC